AUCGAUGUUUAGAACACGAUUGCCACCUCUAUCUCAGAAAGGCGUAAACAAAAACAAGGGAAAUCUUGCAAUCAAAAGCACUUUUAGGACCAAAAGAAUCAUUAAAACCAUGUCCGACGAGUACGCAUGCGUGGCCAAGGGAAAGCUCAAGCUGAAGAACGACUCGGAUCUGAAGAAGAAAAAGAAGAAGCACAAGAGCAAGGACAAGGAGCUGCAGAAGGCGUACGUGGAGCAGCAUGUGGCCGAGGCGGGCGCCACCUCCUCCUCCGGCGCCAGUGGCUACGAGCGGAAGCUCACCAAGGCGGAGCUGGCCAGCAAGAAGCAGCAGGAGAAGAUGCGCAAUAAGCGGAUCAUGGACAAGGCACAAACCACCCACAAGGAGCGAGUGGAGAAGUUUAACGAGCACUUGGACACACUUACCGAGCACUUCGACAUACCCAAAGUGUCCUGGACGAAGUGAGGCGACACCAGUCGUAACUUAAAGCAUACAUUUAUUAUUAGGUUAAGUAAUUUCGACUAUGUUGUGACCUGGGGCGUGAAGAGGAAAUGUGAGAGGGUGGCCAAAAUAAACAAUCCGGAUGGCACAACUAAGCUAAAUACACAGAAA